GAGCCGUGGGCCACGCUGGCCUCAGCCAGAUUUCCCGGCCAAACUCGGGAGGAGAGAUGCCCUGGACCAUCCUGCUCUUUGCAGCCGGCUCCUUGGCAAUCCCAGCGCCGUCCAUCCUGCUGGUGCCCCCGCACCCCAGCAGCCAGGAAGAUCCCAUCCACAUCGCCUGCAUGGCCCCUGAGGGCUUCCCGGGGGCAAAUUUCACGCUCUACCGUGGUGGGCAGGUGGUCCAGCUCCUGCAGGCACCCGUGGACCAGCUUGGGGUCACCUUCAACCUAAGCGGCGGUGGCAGGGAGGCUCCAGGGGGCCCAUUUUACUGCCAGUAUAGGGUGCUAAGUGAGGACCUGAAGCCGCAGCUGUCAGAUCCCAGUGAGGUGGUAAACGUCUCCUACCCAGUGCCCACUUGGAUACUGGCACUCUCCUUGAGCCUGGCUGGAGCCCUCCUUCUCCUUGCUGGGCUGGUGGCCAUCGCCGUGGUGGUCAGGAAAGUUAAAGUAAAAAAUUUGCAGAAGAAAAGACAGCAAGAAUCCUGCUGGGUUCAGAUCAACUUCGCCACCACAGAUAUGACCUUUGAUAACUCUCUGUUUGCCAUCUCCAUGAAAAUGAAUCCAGAAGAAGAUGCAACCACUCUAGAUGCGUGCUCAGGCUCCACCGAGACACCCGGCAGCUCUGGGCCCCGGAAAAGGCCCACCUCCACAUCAUCCUCGCCUGAGCCCCCCGAAUUCAGCACUUUCCGGGCCUGCCAGUGAGGCUAGGACCGGGGGCCCCUCUGUGUCUGUGCGUUCUCCAUUCAGCCCUUUCUCUCAAGGGCCUGAAGUCCCUCCAGCUACUCUGGGAUUUCUGGCUGCUGUUUUCUCAGGGAAUUGACAGAGGAGGCAAAGGCAAUCCUUGACUUUGGGACCCUCCUCACAGAGAAGCAGGAGUAGCAGAGGGGGCACAGACAUUGUCCUGGAGUCUGGACAGAAAGCAGGAAGACUCUUUUUGGGUUCCCAGCUUCUCAGACCUUGUGAGAAGGAGAUGUUAGGAUCCCCGUGGCCCCCAGCUGGGCCAUAAGCGGUCUGGGCCCUCCCUCCACACACCCCUCCGAUUUCCUCCUUCCCUUGCCACAUCUGACUUGACCAACCCAACCGGGUUUUUGGAACAUAGGGUACCCGGGGUAUGUUCUGUUAGUCUGUCCUGCUGGGAUGCCUAAGUUAUUAAUUACAGCACGUGUUGGUUGAGCAGUU